CUUCAUGCCAUUACAAGUUAUAAUUUUGAAAGAUGGCCACCGUCAAGUUUGCUGUUGUCGAUGUAAAUGAUUUUCUAUCUAAAAAACAGGCUGCAGAGCCCGAUAUUGCUGGUGAUUGGGCACGAUUAGAGGAGCUUUACAACAAAAAAUUAUGGCAUCAAUUGACUUUAAAACUGCUGGAAUUCGUCGACCACCCGAAUCUUCAGACUGGGGAUAACUUGAUUCAGCUGUACAACAACUUCCUUACCACUUUUGAGAACAAAAUCAACCCACUGUCCCUAGUUGAGAUCAUCGCACACGUCAUCAAGCAGUUCAGCAACAAGAAGGAUGCCAUCGCAUUCCUCGAGAAGACUGAAGCUAAGGUCAAGGCUAACGAUGAAGCAUUGGCACUGUGCAAGGUCCUACAAGGCCAGAUCUACCUCGAACACCUGAACGACCUGGAUUCAACGGAGAAGAUCAUUGAGCAUUUGGAAGGCACUCUGGAAGACGCAGACGGAGUCACUCCAGUGCAUGGGAGGUUUUAUAAACUAGCCUCUGAGUACUACAGAGUCCGCGGGCCCAUGGCGCGCUACUACCGCGCGGCGCUACGCUACCUGGGCUGCGUCCGCGCGGGCGCCGAGCUGCCUCUAGCGGAGCGCCGGGCGCUCGCGCUGCGGCUUGCGCUGGCUGCCGUACUCGCGCCGAGUGUGUACGACGCGGGCGAGCUGCUAGCGCACCCGAUCCUGGAGUCCCUCGAAGGGACCCCCGACGCGUGGGCCAUAGAACUGGUCCGUGCGUGUUCCCGCGGCGACAUUCAAGCCUUCAGCGCCGUCGCCGCGCGCGCCAACCAUCCCGACCUGAGGCGAGCCGACCACACGCUGCAGAGGAAACUGGCCAUCCUGUGCCUUAUGGAGAUGGCAUUCAACCGCACGUCAGCGCAGCGCAGGCUGACCUUCAGCGAGAUCGCGCGCGAGGCCCGCGUGCCGCAUGACGACGUCGAACUGUUGGUCAUGAAGGCACUGGCUGAGGGGCUGAUCAAGGGACACAUCGACCAGGUGAGCGAGACAGUGAGCAUCCGCUGGGUGCGGCCUAGGGCUCUGCCCCGCGCGGGCGCGGCGUUGCUGGCGGCGCGGCUGGACGCGUGGUGCGCGGCCGUGGCGGGCGCCGCCGAGCUGCUGCACCACAACGCGCCAGACUUCCUCACUCUCUAGAGAUACCCUCCAUUUCACACCAUCAGAGUGCAGUUAAAACUUCAGAAACAAUAAUGAUAGUUUCAAACAAAUUGUUGAAUGAUUUGUAUGAAUGGUAAAAUACUAUGCUUUAUAUUCUACUUAAAAUAAAUUAUAUUAAAACCCAACAAA